AUGAGCGAGCAAUACGACGUCAUAAUUUCCGGCGGAGGCCCUGUCGGGCUCUUCGUAGCCUGCGAGCUGAGGCUCGCUGGCGCCUCCGUGCUGGUCCUAGAGCGCGAACUCAAACCGAAUACGCCCUGGAAGAUCGCCCCCCUGGGUCGGCGAGGCCUCUUUACGGCGUCACUCGAGCACUUCUACCGGCGCGGACUGCUGGCCAGGUUGGUUGAGCCCGAAGUACGGCCCGCGAAAUUCCAGAAGACGGACGGGCUCCAGUUCGGCGGUCACUUCGCCGGCAUCACGUUCGACGCCAACAAGCUCGACCUGGAAUCGGACCGCUUCAAGUAUGUCAUCAAUGGGCCAUCGUUGAUGCCUACGGCUUCGAUGAUGGAGCAGAUCGAGCGCACACUUGCAGACCGCGCUGAGAGCUUGGGCGUCACCAUCAGACGGGGCAUUGCGGUUACGAAGAUCGCCGCACUGGAUGACGACGGCGUUACGGUGGAAGCGGGAGAGGGCCAUUCUUUCAGCGGCAAGUGGCUCGUGGGAUGCGAUGGCGGACGAAGCACGGUCCGCAAGGCUGCGGGAUUCGAUUUCGUGGGGACAGAACCCAAGUUCACCGGUUACGCGGUUAAGUGCGAUUUUGACCACCCGGAGAAAUUGGGAAAGGGGUUCCUUCCGACAAAGAACGGGAUGUAUAUGGUGAUGCCCCAAAGUUUGUAUCUAAUCGACUUUGAUGGAGGCGCCUUCAGCAUGAACCACAACCCCGAUGAGGACAUCACGCGCGAGCACCUCCAAGCCCUCUUCGAGCAUAUUUCAGGCAUCACAGACGUCAACAUCACGACCGUCCACAUCGCCGCCUCGUUCACAGACCGUACCAAGCAGGCGACGACCUACCGUCGCGGCCGCGUCCUCCUCGCCGGGGACGCCGCGCACAUCCACCCGCCGCUCGGCGCGCAGGGUCUGCAGAUUGGGCUCGCCGACGCCAUGAACCUCGGCUGGAAGCUGGCCGCCACGAUCCGACAGGAGCAGGAGUACGGGUCGCUGGAGUCGCUGGCGGAUCUGGCGCUGCUCGACACUUACGAGAACGAGCGCAAGCUCGCUGCGACGUCGGUAAUUGACUCCACGCGCGCGCAGGUCGUAUCUCUCCAGCCUGACCCGUUCGGCGCCGCUGUGCACUCCAUGGUACGGGAUGUUGUUAACACCACCGACGGGGCCAACUUGUUCAUCGAGCGCUUCUGGGGUCUGUCGCUGCGGUACAGUCUCGGCGACAGUGGAGCGCACUCACAUCCGGUCGUUGGCCGCAGCGUGCCCGACUUCGAGCUCCACGAUGGCUCGAGGCUGGGUUCCAAGAUGGAGGGCGGCAAGGGGUUGCUUGUCAGCUUUGAGGACGACGCAGCGCUCAAGAAGCUGGUCCUGGGUGAGAAGUACGGGAAGAGAAUCGACUUCCUUGGCGCGGCGGCGAAGGACACCCGCGGGCUCCGCGCCUUGCUGGCUCGACCUGAUGGAGUUGUCGCUUGGGCGACGGAAGACGGUGUUGAGCCGGACAUGGAUGCUUUGAAGGCUGCCCUGGAGAGGUGGUUCCGAUUCUAG